AUGACACCACGGCACACUCCUAUCCAGCUAGAUUCGGCGCUCAUGGAUCCUAACCCCACCCACAACCUUUGCCUGAUGGCUAGGGUUUCGGGUGUCAGGCUCCACAGCAGGUUGCCAUGUCGUCCUCCUCUCAUCUGUUGUCUAGACAUGCACCCCCGAUUCUACUACAGCUCAUCCCUGUCAAAUGUGUUUUGGCCAUUGUGCAAUUCAGUGACGAACACUAAUAGGCGUACAGGCUGACUUCCGAUCUCUCCUGAUUUACAUUCAUGCACUGAUUACUAUUCUAUUAAAUUGCGGUGUACAGGAGACAUCCUUGACGCGGUCGUUGCCAAAGACCGGUGUUUAUAGUCAAGGUUCUGGUUACAACUUUCUUUGUAAUAGUCGUUAUCUCGCCGGGCAACCAAUGUAUCUGAAGUAAUGAUCCUUUAUUCAAAAGAUAUAUGGACGACUAAACGGGUGUGUGGCAAGUAUACAACAGAGAUGAUGAUGUUCUGGUUCACGAUGAUGAGGAUGAUGUCUAUUUUCAGUUUUAGUUAUGAUGGUUGUUUUCAGUUUUAGUUAAGUUGUAGGCAUGAUGUUCCUGUUUGAUAAUGUUCCUCGGUUAAGUUUUAGUUAAAUUGUAGAGAUGUUGAUGGAUGUUUUCGGUUUCAAUUUUUCUGUCAAGAAAAUAUUUAGAUUAUGCAUCACAUUUGGAUGAUAUUACUCAUGUAAUAUCAACUAUUGUAAUCCAACAAUUUUUUUAAUAUAUGAUUUCUUCCUCUCGUG